CAGAAUUCCCAAAAGCACCAUAGACUGAAAUUACACAUAUUUUGAACAAGCGAGAAUUUUAUGUAGUUUGUGCUGUUAUCUACCUAAAAAUUACCAACAUUAAUCUAUAUUUGACUUAAGCUGGAUAUUGAGGUGCACCUCGUGCUGGGGACAACUCUAAAAUGUUCUGUUUUGUCACAUCACAAUGCCACAGACGUCUCAACUUUUGAGGAAGCAUGCAAUUGGCAUGCUGACCGCAGGAAUGUCCACCAGAGCUGUUGCCAGAUAAUUGAAUGUACAUUUGUCUACCAUAAGACGCCUCCAAUUUCGUUUUAGAGAUUUUGGAAGUACUUCCAACCGGUCUCACAACCACAGAGCGGUCUAAGACACUGCAUCUCAGUGCAAGAGGCGUCACUACAGUCCCUGGUUCGAUUCCAGGCUGUAUCACAUCCGGCCGUGAUUGGGAUAGGACGGAGCACAAUUGGCCCAGCAUCGUCCAGGUUUGGCCGGGGUAGGCCGUCGUUGUAAAUAAGAAUUUGUUCUUAACUGACUUGCCUAGUUAAAUAAAGGUUUUAAAAAAUCUAUAUAAUAUCCAGCAACUUCACACAGCCAUUGAAGAGGAGUGGGACAACAUUCCACAGGCCACAAUCAACAGCCUGAUCAACUCUAUGCGAAAGAGAUGUUUUGCACUGCAUGAUGCAAAUGGUGGUCAAUACCAGGUAUGGACUGGUUUUCUGAUCCACACCCCCAACUCUUUUUUUUAAGGUGUCUGUGACCAACAGAUGCAUAUCUGUAUUCCCAGUCAUGUGAAAUCCAUAAAUUAGGGCCUAAUUUAUUUCAAUUGAAGGAUUUCCUUAUAUGAACUCUAACUCUAUAAAAUCUUUUGAAAUUGUUGCAUGUUGUGUUAAUUUUUGUUCAAUGGAGCUAUCCAUCUAACUUGAAUUAUCUUUUCAACACCAGUAGCUAGCUAGUUGAACAGGGACAAAGAUGUUGUGCUUGCCAUUCAGCUGCAGGAGCAGUUUGACUUUGAGGCAUCCUCAUACACACCAACUGAUGAUAACUAUGGCUAAACCAGCAAAAAAAUGAAAGUUGAGUCUAGCAGCAACGAUGUCAUUCCCUAUUUAUGUCCAUCUUGACCCAAGUCCAGAUGUGAGGGCAAUGCUUCUGGAGUUCGAUGACACGUUCUUCGGGGGAAAGCUCAGUGGUGUAGAAGUCAAAUGGAGCCCCUGAAUGAUACUGUAUGCAGGUGUGUGUUCUUACGAAGGAAGAGGUGGACUGUGUUUUAUUCGACUCAGUGAGCCUUUACUGAAACUUAGACCCCUUUGGGAUCUUGCACAGACACUUCUGCAUGAGAUAAUCCAUGCACUGCCCUUCGUGAGUUAGAACAACAGAGGUCAUGAUGGGCAUGGACCUGAGUUCUGCAAGCACAUGGAAAGAAUCAACCAAGCCGCUGGAACUGAAAUCGCAGUCUAUCACACUUUCCAUGAUGAAGUGGAUCUCUACCGUCCGCACUGGUGACUGUGUGAUGGGCCCUGUCAGACUCGUAAGCCCUACUUUGGAUAUGUGAAGAGGGUAAUGAACCGUGCCCCCUCAGCCCAAGACACAUUGUGGGGGGAUCACCUACGCUCCUGUGGGGGCACCUAUACAAAGGUCAAGUAGCCAGAGGGUUAUGGAAAGAAAGUAAAAAAGACAGACAACAGCCAAGGCAAGAAGCCUACAGACAAGCCCACAAGCAAGUGCAAAGCUUCCAGCACAUCUACUGCAGACCUGUACUGUCUCCUCCACCUCAGGCAACAGCUAAAGGAAUCAACUCACCUGAACGGCCAGGUCUGA